AUUGAGUUUCCUGUUAUCUGCUGGGCCAUUUUUGCCCUGUAUCAUCUGGUUAAGAAUGACCGAGUUGCACCUGUUUAUGUCAUAAACCUCCUCAUUUCAGAUAUUAUCCAGCUCAUUGGUAGACUAGGCCUUUUGAUUGAUCCAAUAAUAGUGAUUUUUUCAGCUGUUAUAAUGUUUGGUAUAUUAACCAGUGUUGUGUUCAUGGUGUGCAUCGCUCUGGAGAGAUACCUUGUGAUCGUCCAUCCUCUGUGGUACCGUUGUCGCCGCACUGUCAGAAUCUCAGUCCUGAUCUCUCUGGUUGCCUGGGUGUCUCCUUUCAUACUGGCUCUGCUGGGUGGAAUUGCCAGUUAUUGUUCUGGACAUACAGAAAACAUAUAUUUGACAUUAUUUAUCUUCCUUAUCUCUCCAUUCCCUCUUCUUGUGUUUUUCUUGGUGGCCACAUGGAGAGCUCUCUCCCGCUCCACCUCAGUGCCCGUCACAGAGAGGAAAAGGAUUCUGUGGAUACUGUUACUCAUCCUGGGCAACUAUGCAGUGCUGUUCUUUCCCAUCAUACUAUAUACUUUGAUUGAAUCAGUGCUGAGUAAUCAUAAAUUUAACCUGCUUCUCUUGAACAAUAUAGGUUCUGCAUUACUGUUCAUCAGCCCACUGAUGGACCCUCUGCUCUACAUCUUCAUGAGGAAGGAUGCCAAUGAUACUCUGAAGGUCCUACCCUGCUGUCAGAGACUGAUUGGUCACCAGGAACCCAGAGUGGUCACCAGCACUGAAAGUGAAAAUUUGACCAGUGUUUAG